AUAGAUAGAUAGAUAGAGGAGGUGGUUUUAUUUUUUGCAUGCUAGUGUAAAUCACUGUAACUCUGCUGUACAUUUGUGCAGAAAGAAAACUAAACCCGGCUCGCGCUCUGAGAUGAUGAAGAAGCGCGUGACGAUGAAGUGCGAGUCGCCGCCGCUGAUUGGACGGGAACUCCGACUCCCUUCGCUCGCGCUUUUCGCCUGUGUGACGCUCUUCUGGUUGCGUGGAAACUGAGCGCAAGGUUUCCUGGCGCACGCGAGCGAGUCAUUUGUCGGAGAUUCUCGACACGAGCGCGUGCCGCCGGUUCUGCUCUGCACUCUCUCUCUCUCUCUCUCUCUCUCACACACACACACACACACUCACACACACACACGCGCGCUCUCUCGGUCUCGCACGCGCGCGCUGUUUGUGCGACGCGCUCGCGCCUUGUGUUGCGCUUCAUGAAGUGAAGAUGUGAAAGGGGAACUUUCCAAGGCUCCGGUCACGAGCGCGAGAGAAACGAAUGAUCGCGACACCUCCUCUUGCCCCACGGAUAGUGCUCUGAAGGGAGUAUGCCCCCAUUUCACCAUGCCGAUGCCGUCCUAUUGGCUGCUCCGGCACUCCAUGGUCAUGUGCUUGCUUCUACACAGCUUGGUGUUGAUGACGCUCUGCUUCCACCACGCAGCCACUUCCUGCUCAAAACACUGCUACUGCUCCGAGAGCGAGGGUCCGUCUGGGGGCAAGACCAUGCGGUGCAGCAACCUACGCCUCACCGAGAUCCCAAAUGACAUCCCGAAUGACACACGGCGCCUCUACCUCGACUACAACAUGCUGACCAGUGUCCCUGCCAAUGCCUUUCAAGAUCUUCCUCUGCUGGCUGAACUUGAUCUUUCCCACAAUGAGCUGGCACUGCUUGAGCCUGGAGCUUUCCGGGGCCUGGCUGCCUCCUUGCUAUUCCUGGAUCUGUCCUCCAACCAGCUGGUGACGCUGGAUCCUGAAGCUUUUGAAGGCGUGAGGGCUCGAUCCAAUCUGACUGGCAACCCCUGGCACUGUGACUGUCGGUUACAGACGUCACUUCCACGCCUCGAUCUGGAGCCUGUGUCUCUCACCGGCAUUGUUUGCCAAACAUCAGAGCCCGAGGACUCAGGUGCCCAAGGUGUGCCCUUUCUGCUGGCCAAAGACUUGGACCUAUGCGUGGUGCUUAAAAAGACCACAGACGUGGCCAUGCUAGUGACCAUGUUUGGAUGGUUCACCAUGGUCAUCUCCUACCUGGUCUACUACGUGCGGCAUAAUCAAGAAGAUGCCAGGCGCCACCUGGAGUAUCUCAAGUCUCUGCCCAGCAGGCAGGGCAAGUCUGAGGAGUCUUCCACCAUUAGCACUGUGGUUUGACAGCAGACUGUCACUAAAGGGGGAAGCUUCUCAGGCAAGCAAAGGGCAAUGGGCACACUCAGAGUCUAGCCUAGUAGAGGAACCAAUAACUGGGUUAUCAUCUCUGGUAAUAACAGGCUUUGUGGACUGCAGCUUUCCGGAUCAUCAGAAAGUGAAAGUAACCAGCCUUCAAAAACAAACAUGGUGACUUAGCAGCCGGAAAAAUCCUGCCGCAAGUCUUCCAUUUCAGACUCGAAGGUAAAGACAAACCCUCCUUGGGAACCUACAUGCCAGCAUAGCAAGAGAAUUGCAGGGGUCAUCUAAUCUUAUCCAGAUAAAUAAUUGAUCCAGGACCGGCCAGGCUCCAAGUCUGCAGUGGCUGAGUGGUUUGUCUGCUCAGAAUGCUUUUGAAAUAGGACGGGUUUUUACUUUCCUCCACAUUCCUCUAGUUAUUUUUGAAAGGAUCCCCAUUUAUUUGCAGGAGCAUGUAGCAUAAAGAAAGCACUCUCUUCCAUUAUGGCAUUAACAUGAAAAGCUCUUAUAUUUAUCCCUCCAGACUACAUUCAGUUUUAUAACAGAGCCACGCAUAAACAUACACUUCAGUCAUUUUUAGGAUUCUGAAUAAAUGGUGAAAAUCAGUGUGUAUAUUUUGAUAAUUUUGUAAUGGAACUAAUCAUAUUGAAACAAAGGUGAAGGACACUAGCUGGUCCGGUAUUUUCCAGCUCUUUCAGGGGAAAUUACCACAUGAGCAAAAUGCUGUUUUUUUGUUGUUUUUUUUUACUUUUUUUUUUCUUAAUGAUGAAAUAUACAGUACAUCGAUCACACUGAAUACAGUAAUUGAUUGUGUUGUUCCCAGUCCUGGUCCUGGAAUUUCCCUGAAUAUUUUAGCACUUUUCCUGUUCUAACAGCAUUAAUCCAACGAAUUAAAGCCAAACACUGA